CGAAUAAACGCGAGACACACAUUCACACGGGAAGCCAGCAUGGACUGCAGUAGCUAACGUAGGUGAUGGCUAAAACUGAGGAAAACUCGUAAUACAAGAUACAGUUUGUGUUAUGAAUCGGCAGGAUUAUGGCAGAUUCCAAUGGUCCACAAAAAGACUGGUACUCAAUUCUGAGUGCUAAUCCAUCUGAUGACAUACAAGAGAUAAAACAGAAGUAUCAGAAACUGAUCCUUGUGUUUCACCCAGACAAGCAGAAACCGGGGCUAUCCGGAGGGGAGGCGGAGCAGCUUCUGCAGAAGUUCAUUGAUGUCGAUCAGGCUUGGAAGAUCUUGAGUGAUGAACGGAGCAGGAAGGAGUACGACCUCCAGCUACGGGCCUGUGAACUGAAGCAGAGCUGGCCGGUGGAUGCUCAUGUAACACUGGAUGAAAUGAACUGGAAUGCUGACACUGAGUGUUAUACUUACAGCUGUCGCUGUGGUGGAGAAUUCAUCUUAGACCAGGAGGACACACAGGAAGCGGAAACAGUCGUGUGCUGCGAUUCUUGUUCGCUCAGCAUUGAAGUUCAGAAGCAGAACAAAGACAUUUAUACAGGUUUGGAACAACCUGAGGGCUUUGAAUUGCUGGACCUUAGCAAUAACCUCAGACAAACACCAUGGAACAUCAGAUCGCCAGAUUACCUCCAAAUAACAGAAAAAUUGACACCCCCGGAUUCAAGGGUCCUGCGAGAGGAGGGAGGAACAGCCAACCACAUGGCAGGGUAGGCGCGGCGUCCCGGGCUGGGGCCGUAUGGAAGGUCAGGGGGGGUGCGAGCAGCAGCAGUCAGGACUCUGAAGGUAACAGUGGGAGAAUGGGACGGAUUCUGCCCGCUGGUCACCAGCCAACACACCCAGUCAGUAGUGUGCACUUGCAGUCAAUCUUCAAAUGUGAGGUAGGGGGUGCUGUCCAAACAAAACACUAGUUGUUGGGUUUGUGUAGUAAAAUUAUGAAGUGCCUGUUUAGG